CUGCCAUCGUAAACGUGUUCGCACUCUGCGCUGCUUGAAUUUCUGUGUUUUUAUUUAAUUUAUAAAUUCAAAGUAGUAAUUCAACUCGGUGCACUAAAGACUUCUUAACCGUGUUGCAGAGUUGAAUAAAUUUCGCUUAAGUUGGAAAUUUGAUAUUUAAUCACUGGCAAAAUAAACAGAGACGAGUUUGAUUUCAAUCGCAAUAACAGUUCGCAUACUGGCCAAGAACAAAAGAGCUAAAAACCUAAAAACAUAAACAAACACAAGUGGGUUGAGUGUGUGUGCGAGACAAAGGCUGAGAUUACCAGACAGACCACUGGGCGAUAGAGUUCCAGCGUCGCUGCAAUAAAACCAACCAAUACCAAGCACCAAAGUCAUUGCAGGAGGUGCGCCAUCGCCAGCGGUGCUAUUUUCUGUUUUUGCGCCGCGGCGUGGUUUCGUAUGGAGUGUUUGUUUUUCGAACUGCUGGUCGGUUGGUUGGUGUGUCGCAACAUAAGGGAGGUGCAACGUACAUAUAAACAAUCACUUAUCAGAGCGCAAAUAUAGAUACUAAAAGCUAUCACGGUGCACACACAAAAUCACAUAAAUACCCUACACUCCGAGUGAUAUAUUGUAUAUAUAAUAAGUGAAGGAACUACAACAACAACAACUGUAAGCAGAGAAAAUAUCAGCUAAAAAGAACUGGUCUGUGGGAGAAGCGCAAUAACACAACCGAAAGCGUCGUCGCCAUAGUCGCGUAAAAAAUACAAGCAAAAAAGAUAAAUAGGAGUAGAAAAAUAAAUAAAAAUACAUACCGAAGAAAAAAGUCGAAAAUAAUAAAAAUAAACCAAAGCGCACUAAACGCGGACAAAAUAAAGAGCAACGCGCUUUGGAUGCCGUUGAGUUGUUGUUGAACCGUGGAGCUACAAACAAGCUGGUAAACUAGAUGGUCGCGCUAAACGAGUCGAUUCGAAAAAAAAACACACACACAGACAGUGCCAAAGUGAAUGUUGUUGAAGAGUUGUGGUUUUGCCUUACUUCACUUGUGUUGCUCUAAUUGCUGCAAGUGCUUUGGAGUGUGCAGCACCUACAUACAUACAUACAUACAUACAUAGAUAGUUAGAUCUUGGUGGAAUUAGAGGUGUGCAGUGGAGACAUAGCUUGACGGAAUCACAAGCGGCUUAGCUAAAAGUAGACGAAGCGAAAAGUUAAAAUUUUUCGGAUUUCUUUUGUUGCUGACGUUAUUUACGCUGCACGAGAUCAAGAAGAAAUCUGCAUAUACAUACAUAUAGAAAGCAAUAAAAAAGUGCAAGGUAAAAGCAGUCGAGGCCAACUAUCAUAAAUCGCAUAUAUACAGAGACAGCAGUCGGUGGAGCUCAGCACAAUGGUGAAGACAUUUCAAGCCUAUUUGCCGUCCACGAAUCGGACGUAUUCAUGUGUUCAUUGCCGUGCGCAUCUAGCCUCGCACGAUGAGCUUAUCUCCAAAUCGUUCCAGGGCAGUCAAGGACCGGCCUAUCUUUUUAAUUCGGUGGUGAAUGUGGCCUGUGGCCAAACGGAGGAACGUGUGCUGCUCACCGGUCUACAUGCCGUGGCAGACAUCUAUUGCGAAUGCUGCAAAACGCCAUUGGGCUGGAAGUACGAGCACGCAUACGAGUCCAGUCAGAAGUAUAAGGAGGGCAAAUACAUCAUUGAGUUGGCGCAUAUGAUCAAGGAGAACGGCUGGGAUUGAGCGAUGGUGGUAGCGAAGCCGGUGGUGCUGAUGCGAUCGUACAGAUCGGGUAUGAUGAAACGACGCGUGGCGAAGGCGGAGGCAGUGCAAACUGAUGCUUUUGACAAAGAUGCGGUUGUAAAAAUUGUUGGAGAUGUUGUGCUUGAGGAUGGCAUCGGUGUUGGUGUUGGUGUUGACUUGUGAGGAGCGGCG